AUGCUGUUAGUUCAUAUCAUUCUGGUAUUAACAAAAGUGUAUAAGAUUGUCACCAAGCCAACAGCUGAUAGUCCAUACUUUCUACAUGGUUGUUUUUGGCAUAAUAACAUUGAAAUCAACCUAUCGAUCAAAAGAAUGCUAUUUACGAAUGAUGCAAUUGAAUUGGAUAUUGGACAAUUGGAGUAUACUAUAGACUUCAGACCAUAUGAAAACGUCUCAAACAAUACAGAAUUGGUAGCUUGCAAAGAAUGCAUUGAAUCCUUCAGACUUAUUUCAGAAUGGUACUUUAGCAGCUAUAAUUCAUUAGAGCUAGCAUAUUGUCAAAUGAUGGAAAAGCCAACACUACUAUUGCAUAUGGACACUUUAAAACUCCAUGGCCAAUAUUUUGUACUACCAACUAAGAACAAAUAUGUCAUUACAUUUCAGGAGGAUGGUAUGAGAUAUUUCAUAGGAAUGGAUGUACGCAAUAAUGAUACAACAUUUGCCAAGUAUACAUAUAUCAGAUUCCACAAAAUACAUUUCACUACAGAUGGAAUAUCAUCACUGAUUAUAACGAAAUAUACUACCCAUAGGAGUAACUCAAGAAUGGUAUUUCACCAUCCGAUGUUGAUUAGGAAGGAUCUUCUCUCAGAGAUAUUCAAUGGAUUCACAACAUCCACUGGAUUCAAAUUCGUUGCCAGAAGUGAAAUAGAGAAAUUGUGCUCUAAUCUCAAGAACAAAUAUUCUACACUAUUCGUAUUUGAUAAAGCAUACACAUUUCAGGAUAUCAACAGUAUACCAGUAUAUAAAUUAGAAAAGAAAGAGGAGGAGAAGAAAAGAACUGUAAAGCCAGUCAAAGAGAAGAAAGGAAUGUUGAUGCUUGUGAUAUUGCUUGGAAUAUUGAUAGUAAUAACGUUGAUUUUGAAUAUCAAAAUAAAACAGAAAUAA